CGCGUAUGCGCGUGACGACGUAAUUCGGUUCCAUGUGAUUUCAUAAUUCUUGGUUAUACUACGCAGCGAGUCCUUCGAUGAAUGAAACGUAAAAUAGGCUAGUACUUGCAUGUAACAUUUUUUUAAAGAAAGAGAAUUAAGAUAUCACUUUGAGAUGUCCAGUUUUCGGAAUUCUUGCAACUUGUUAACAAUAAGCGGGACUUUGGUACAUUCUAAUAGACUUUUUAAUCUUACUUCACCUGUACGUUGUAUAUACACAAGUAUAUUCUCUAUUGAUGAUGUGUCCAAAACAGUGAAACAAGUGGAAAAUCCAGCAUAUGUUCCAAAGACAUACCCAUUCUCUAGCAAUCCAGAUGCACAGUCUCUAGAGACAAAGAGACAUUUAAAAUGGAUGCUGCAGAAAGAUAUUCUGCGGCAAGAUAUGUUCCUGGUAGGCGCCCCUGGUACACGGAGGCGAGAACUAGCUCUUAGCUUUUUGGAGUUAACAGGACGAGAAAUGGAAUUUGUUGCACUGACCCGCGAUACAACGGAAGCGGAUCUGAAACAAAGGAGGGAAAUAAAAAAUGGCACUGUGUACUAUCAUGAUCAAAGUGCAGUGAGAGCUGCGACGAAUGGGCGGGUUCUUGUAAUUGAAGGUGUGGAGAAGGCAGAAAGGAAUGUGUUGCCUGUGUUAAAUAAUUUAUUGGAAAAUCGCGAGAUGCAUCUGGAGGAUGGUAGAUCUCUUAUCCCGGCGGUGCGCUAUGAUAAGUUAUUAAAGAUACAUACCAAAGCACAGUUAGACGCGUGGCAUCUGGUACGAGUCAGCGAAGAUUUCCUAGUGAUAGCGUUGGGUCUACUGUCACCGCGAUACCCUGGUUACCCGUUAGACCCACCACUGAGAUCUAGAUUCCAGGCUCGUUAUGUUCCGCCAGCGCAGUUCGAGGAACGAUUGGACGCGCUGAAAAGGUUAGCGCCGAGCAUAGACGCCGGCAACUUGUCGCAAUUAUUGUCGUGCGCCUACGCGUUAGUCAGUCAGGAAGCUGUCGCUAUAGGCUUGCCGGACUUUCCCCUGGACAAUCUGUCGUCAGCUAUUAUGAUUCUGGACCAAAGUCCGGACUUGUCAUUGUACGACGUAUUCUAUAGGCUUUAUCCGUACAAAUUGUUUCUGGGCAAGGAAGGCCAGAGCGCGGUGGAGGAUAUCCUCGGUACCUUCAGCGUGUUGGAUGACGCUUCAAAAAUGGCUACUGUUAACAACAAAAUAAGCGCUACCAAGCAAACCUACAAUCUCUCGGAGAUUAGCAUAAAGCGCGAUAACGCGGAAACGUGCUUUCACGUCUCUUGUGGCGCGAAUCAAUUGUCUGAUGGCGUGAACUGUGAUAUGUAUAUAGAGACUAGUUAUCAGAACAAUUUGUUGGCGAGCAUGCUGAAGUCACAUUUGACAUCCGAUUUCUGUUUAAUCGGGCCGAAAGGCUGCGGCAAGUCCACCACCGUUCGACGUUUCGCUGAUUUAUUAGGCUAUCAAGUGGAACCUAUAGUGCUUUAUCAGGAUAUGACUUCUAGGGACCUGAUACAACAACGGACUACGUCACCUAACGGCGACACGGUCUGGCAAAACUCGCCGUUGGUUGACGCGGCCCUCCAUGGCAAAUUGGCCGUAUUAGAUGGAAUCCAUAGGAUUCACUCUAGUACCUUGGCUAUAAUUCACAGAUUAGUCCACGAUCGGGAGUUGCAGUUGCACGACGGCAAGCGGCUCCUGCGAGCCGAUCGCUAUAACCAGAUCAAGAAAGAGCUCCGUAACUGCUCCGACGAGCAGAUGCGGCGCGACGUCGGAAUCCUGCGAAUCGACCCCGCCUUCAGGCUGAUAGCCUUGGCCGAGCCGCCGAUCGUGAACAGCUCGUCCGGGCAAUGGUUGAAUGCCGAAUUGCUCAGCUUGUUCCUCUUCCACGAAAUGCGACCGCUCGAUCAGCACGAGGAGAUUCAUAUCAUAAGCUCGAAGUUCGGAGAACCCAGCCGAGCGUUGCUGAGUAUUGUAGAGUUGGCGCAUGUACUACGUUCAUCCCCUGACCCGACUCUACAGUCCCUCGCUGGAUCGCUCAGCACCCGGCAGCUAUUACGAAUCGCUGAACGAAUGCAUAGGUUUCGUUUAGACGACGCCUACGACGCGGUGCAGCGUGCAUGUCUGGCGCGUUUCUUGCCGGCGAUUGCGAAGCAAGCCCUUGAGGAUUGCUGCCGCCGGUUAGAUAUCGUCCGGUCUUCAUCGCCAACAGACUUCAAAAUCGAGUACACAGUCACAGAAGAUACUGUGAGGAUUGGAAGCACCACACUUGAUCGAUAUCACACCGCGAUUCUCACCAAAAUACCAGACAUUUUAUUUUACGACGUGCCGGAACACGUGGCGCUGUUAGAGAAACUGCUCCAGGACUUCAGUCUGGGCCAAAAUCUGCUGUUGGUCGGCAAUCAGGGCGUCGGCAAGAACAAAAUUGUCGACCGAUUGUUGCAGCUGUUAAAUAGGCCACGUGAAUAUAUACAACUUCACAGAGAUACUACCGUUCAAACCCUGACCUUACAACCUAUGGUUAGAAAUGGGAGAGUUGUAUACGAAGAUUCUUCAUUGGUACAAGCCGUGAAACUGGGCCGCGUCCUCGUUGUCGACGAGGCGGACAAAGCGCCCACUCACGUGACUUGUAUAUUGAAGACUCUGGUGGAAUCCGGUGAAAUGAUUCUGUCAGACGGGAGGCGAAUCGUUUCCCACACGAGCGGCAGCGUAGCAGCUAAUACUAACAACAUACUUAUGCAUCCGGACUUUAGGAUGAUAGUGUUAGCGAACCGACCGGGUUUCCCGUUCCUGGGCAAUGACUUUUUCGGAGCACUGGGUGAUCUUUUCAGUACACAUUCCGUCGAUAACCCAAGCAAGCAGAGCGAAAUUCACUUGUUGAAGCAAUAUGGUCCGCAUGUUGACGAGCGAGUGAUCAACAAAUUAGUGAGAGCCUUCGGCGAAUUGAGGAGCAUGGCUGAUCAAGGUCUGGUUUCGUAUCCUUACUCGACUCGAGAAGUGGUCAACAUAGUCAAACAUUUGGAGAAAUUUCCAAAUGAACCGUUGGCCAACGUGGUGCGCAAUGUCUUCGACUUCGACCGGUACAGUCAGGAAAUAUAUGAUGCUCUGGUCACUGUAUUGCACAAGCAUGGGAUUCCCGUUGGAACAAACCCGACUAAUAUCGCUUUAGCUAAGGAAAUAUCUUUACCCGAGAUGAAGAUCUGCGGUAGUUGGAACGUCCUCGUUGAAUUUGAGAGCGUACCCAUUCAGGGAAGGUACGUUAAAUUAAAGUCACCGGUGUUCCCGGCGCAGAACGACCGAACUCUGGAUCGAGUUGAAGCUAGAUCGGCUUGGUUCACGGAACUGCAGAGUUACUGGACGAUACCAGUUAGCGAAAACAGUACAGUGACUGCUUUAACGGUCGCGAGUGGAAGUAAAGGGGAUGGUACGGAUGAUGGGAUACAUGUUCUCACGACGAACCCGUUGAGCGUAUUUAGCAUGACUCCGGAAUUCGAACAGAUACGCGAGACGUCGUUAGAGGGCUUGAUAAGUCCUUCCAGGGGCAACGUGCCGUAUUAUAACAUGACGGUUGACAAACUCGGGAACGUUUUGGUUCACGAAGAAACUAGUAACUCUGCACUCGUACUAAACGUAAACGACGGUUCUGUUCGGGAACUGCAGACCUCAUCGUUCCUGGAUGUCGCCAGCGAUAAAAUAUCAAGCGCCUUCAGACUCGCGAGUGGUCCUCACUGGAAGAUGAAGGCGAAUUUAUUGUCGUCGCAUAAUCUGCUCGUCUUCUUCACGUAUGGCCAAAAUAAGGUCGACGUUGUCAAUCUACAAACCAUGCUCGCUUAUUCGAUGAACCUACCAUGCGACAUCGAGUCGCUGUUGCUCGCCUCCGACAGCAAGUGGUUGAUUCAGGAUAUGUCGAAGAACAAGUACGUCCUCACGAAAUCUUCGGACGACGACCCGUGCCCUAGCGUCUUGCGCGAGCUGAACGAAUCGAACAGCACGUACUUGAAGGCCGGCAGUGUCCUGAGCUGUGGCAAGAGCAGUCUGUCAGAAGCCGAUCUGAGUGCGGCUCUGCAGCAGAGAAUCAACUCUCCGAAUAGAAUCAUAGUUACCGAUAACACAUACGCCGGCAUAGCGAUUGGUUUUCCCGAUUUAGACAGCUCCAACUAUCUGCACUUUUGGCCGAGGAAGAGGAGGACGCGCAGCUUUAUGACGCCUAUCGUCACACAGCACGGGCAAGUGAUCAGAACGGUUUCGCCCGAUCAAGUUCCCGACGAAGUUUAUCCCGAGGAUAGGAAACAUACAGGGAUUUCCGGUUACUUGGAAAUAGUCGAUAUUGUAUACCGCAAACUGCGCUAUAUACCUAUUCCGGAACCGGUCAAUGUCUCGCCACUGACGCAAUGGCUGUACUCGAAAGAUCUUCCGCUUUAUGCAUCGCUUAUGUCGAACGAAGGUCUUGUCACAAUAGACGCCGGUGGCUGUGUUCGCUUAUGGGAGACAUCCAUUACGAAUAUAGAAAAGUCGUUAGGCGCGUGGCGCAAAAUGGUCAGCAGCGGCGAGGAAAAGUUGCAGAUUACUAAGGAGAGGUAUUCGGGCUUGGAUGUGAGCGGGCCGAAGCACGGGAAAGUCGAUGAAAAGAACGAACCUCACGUGGGCGGCAAUACCUGGGCCGGAGGAACCGGAGGUCGAGAUACGGCGGGUUUAGGCGGCAAAGGAGGACCUUAUCGUCUGGACGCUGGGCACACGGUGCACCAGCUUAGCGACGAGGAGAAGAAUGCGGUGCCGGAACACGUAAAGAAAGCCGCCCGUGAGAUGGGUCUUCGUGCGUUCAAGCAGCGACUCAAGGAUAUCCGAAUGAGCGAGUACGACCACAAAAUGUACAGUCAGUUCAGCGAUGCCGUUUCUAGUCAAGUGCAGGCCUUGAGAGUCAUCUUGGGCACGCUACAGGCUAAAAGCAACGAGCGACAGUGGUGUAGGCACCAGACGUCCGGCGAGCUAGACGAUACGAAAUUAAUUGAAGGAUUAACGGGUGAGAAAACAAUUUACCGACGCAGGGCGGAGAAAGAGCCGGAAGUUGGCGCUCCGCAAUUAAAGCCGAAGCGAUUGAAACUGGUGGUGGAUGUGUCCGGUAGCAUGUACAGAUUCAAUGGCUAUGACGGCCGGCUUGAUCGCGAGCUGGAAGCCUGUGUCAUGGUAAUGGAGGCUUUAAGCGGCUACGAGGGAAAGUUUCAGUACGAUAUUGUCGGCCAUUCCGGCGACGAUUACCGUAUUGUCUUUGUCGAUCAUAUGGAACCGCCGACGGAUAAUAAGCGGAGGCUAGCGGUGAUUAAGACAAUGCAUGCUCAUUCGCAAUUUUGCUUGUCCGGCGAUAAUACAUUGGAGGCAACGCAGCACGCAAUUGCAAGCUUGGCGAAAGAGGAUUCCGACGAGUCCAUCGUGGUUGUUCUCUCGGACGCGAAUCUGGAACGUUAUGGUAUUUCUCCUGAACGAUUCGCGAGAGUAUUAAUGUCCAACGCGGACGUGAAUGCUUACGCUAUAUUCAUCGGAUCACUGGGCGACCAAGCGACCAGGCUGAUGAAGAAAAUGCCCUCAGGUCGCGCGUUUGUGUGCAUGGACCUUAAGAAUAUACCGCGAAUCCUACAGCAGAUAUUCACUGCGUCAGUUUUAAGUACGACGAAGGCAACUUGACGCACAUUGGUUUUAGAGAGAAUAAUUUUACAUAAAACGACAGCUAGUUAUCUUGGCUACAUCUUUUUAUACAUGACGUAUAUGUGCAAUUAUGUGAUACAUACAGAUACGUGAUACAGUCACGUUCGUAUGAUCACUGUAAAUCUCUGUAAAUAAAAAUUUUCUA